UAGGUAGGGACCAUCUGGGCGUUCCACAACACCCCCUGUUGCUAUUCUUUAUACCGAGCGUAGAUGUACUCCCACCAGUCUUGGCCUUACAGUGCUUCCUAUUGCUGCUUCUCUUAACCACUGCAUCGUACCCGCAGAAUCACCAGCGAAAACAAAGAAUCAAGCGACGAAGCACGGGGGGCCAUGACGACCACAGCCACGGUGACAGUCCAACGAGAACAGCCCUUGGGGCUGACUCUCAAGUCCAGCAUCGACCAGCUCGACAGACAUGGUUUCUUGUUCGGGAAGAAGCUCGCAGCAUCCAUGUCGCCGCUCCUGCACAGCGUGGUCUACCGGGGUCUUGGCCUGAACUGGGGGCAGGUCAGGCUUGAUUCGACAGAUAUGGAUCUCUUUCUGAGAUUGAUACGCCAUCCCAAGUUUUACGGGGCUUCCGUCACCAUGCCGCACAAAGUCGCUAUCAUCCCGCAUCUGGACGAGUUGACAGAAGAGUGCCGCGAAGUGGGAGCCUGCAACACCCUUUUCCUCCGCCACCGCCCAGAUGGCCGCGGUCUCUUCUGCGGCGCUAACACUGACGUGAUUGGCGUCCGCGAGUCCGUCGUCCAGAACGUGCCAGAUCCCUCCGUGUACGAAAACCGUCCGGGCAUGGUGAUCGGCGGCGGCGGCGCUGCCCGGUCAGCCGUCUAUGCCUUCCACAAAUGGCUCAAGGCCAGCUGCAUCUAUCUCGUCAACCGUGACAAGCACGAGGUGGACGCCGUUAUUGCCGAGUGCACCGCACGUGGCUACGGCGACCGGUUGGUGCAUGUCGAAACGGUCGAGCAGGCCGAGGCGCUCGAGCGCCCGGGAGCCAUUGUGGCCUGCAUUCCUGACGUUCCUCCUGUGACCGAAGGGGAGAAGACGGUGAGGUGCAUUGUCGAGGCUAUGCUGCGCAAGGACGGAAAGGGGGCCAUGCUGGAGAUGUGCUACAACCCUUCCCCCUUCACGGCCCUCGGAGCCCUUGCCGAGUCGGAGGGUUGGCAGGUGAUCCUGGGGACGGAGGCGCUUAUCUGGCAGGGGAUCGAGCAGGACAAAUACUGGACCGGCCGUGAAACCAGUGAGCUUCCUGUCGCCCAGGUCAAGGAGGCGAUCGCUGCUAGACUGGCUGAGAUCCCCAAACCCUAGCUGCUCUUCAAAGGCGUCAUGAUGAUGAUAUAUGCUUUAUGCUGUUUUCUAGAACUGGAAAUAAUCAUGGCGGCAGGGGUCAUCGGUUACGUCCGUCUUAGCCCACAAGUUCAGGGGAGACCGCCGGGUAUGAGAAAAAAGAAAUGCACGGCUGUCACGGUUAGAGUUGCCAGAUCUAGAGGAAGCCUUUUG